AUGGAGAAGGCGCUAGGAAAGAACCUCCCGCAGAUGGAAUUGCGCUUCCAGGACAUGUCCAUCUCAGCAGACAUCAUGGUCAAGGACGAGAGCGACAUCACGGUCGAGCUGCCUACGUUAACCAACGUCAUCAAGACCGGGUUCCCGGACGCUUCCUGUGGUGGGUCUCGCAAAUGA